GCAUUACGUUCCUACCACACCCAGACCACAUUGCUCCCUUGUUUGCUUUGGACCUUUACUCAUGAUGUGCUUAUCACUUCUACGGCCACAUAUGGUGGUUCUAUCUCAACAAGCAGCGCAAGCUUAAAACAGAUUAUUUAUGGCCUCGAUGCUAUUCAUUCAACUUCAUCUAAUAUAUUUUAUACGGGGAGGAUCUGUAGCUGGAAACUAGCUCUUUCGCAUCUCUAAAAUACUUGAAUAUAAACUAAACGUGAAUAUAAACUAGACAAAAUGUCCGUCCAAACGAACACAAGUGACUCAUAAAUAGAAGAACCCUAAAAGCAUAUGAUACGGACGAGAUUCCUAGCUGCUAUACGUUUUAAAUUCUAAGUCAACAAAAGCACCCUGGUCAACCCAAGCAUUUCCGUCCGCUUAAAAGAUUAUUUACAUGGGAUUUCAUAAAAACUAAUACAAAGUGCUUUUGUUUUCCCUUGCUAAGAUAAAAGAUACUUAUGUAUAUGAUUCAAUACAGCAAUAAGAAUAACAACAUUUCAAUUGGUUAGUCCGUAAAUUACAAAAGUGCUUACUCAAAUAUUAUUCAAUUGAUAGUUGUGCAGGGAAUUAAGCUCCCUUUUAUAGAUAUAUGUAGAGUGUUGUGGGAGUGAUAUACACUGCCAAAUGAGUACUCAUCUCCAUCUCGGUGACCUUUGUGACUCAGGUGAUUCGCUCAGCUCUGCUGCCUUUGAACAUGAUGAGUAAUACCCUCCGAUUUGUUUUCGUUGCAUUUCGAAAUGGCUUCCGAAAGCGAUUUAUAAUUUGUCUGUUCUUUUUGCAAUCGAUUUAGUCAGUGCUGAAUAUCACUAGAUAGAUGGCCAUAUUUCGCUCGUCCUUUCUCUGUUAAUUCUAUAGUCAUAGCCCCACAUUUCAAAGUAUUUUUUACAAUUGUAUGAUUUUUACAAGUAUUGGUUUUUCUCGAAAUUGAGCACAAAAUUGUGUGUUGUAAAUCUUGGUGUACUUGGAUGUCGCCGUGGUCGGGUUGGAAGUCAGUUGGGAAGCAUCUAAAGAACUUCGAGGAAGGCUCUUCAAAAAUGGAACUUGUUCCUUUGGCAACUGUCGCCAAUUGGACAUAGCCCCAUGCCGAAAACCAACAUAAAGUCGUUUCUUAGCCAGGUGCCGUUGCCGAACGCUAUAGCAGCCAAGUACGAAGAGCCAGGCGAACCAAGAGACGAUGAGCAGCCCACGACUAGCAAGGAUGCGCUGGAGAGCAGCUCCUCGGUGCCCUCCGCCUCCGCCGACUACGCCUGCAUCUGUUGCGAACACAAGUGCCCGCGGGAGAAGGACUUUCUUGAGACGCAGUCGGACAAGGAGGGCGAUCCGCCCUUUCUGGUGAACUCACCGUCGAUGGCGCGUGACUCCAAAGACACAGUAACCGUUCAAAUCGCGGCUCCGCGCUGCAAUUGUGCCAACUGCCCGCUGAGGAACCUCUAUGACCCGCUUUUCUCGGAGAUCGUGGCGAAGGCGGAGGGGGCCAUCGAGAAUGGUGUGCUGCCCGAGCGCAUUUACCAGGGUAGCAGUGGUUCCUACUUCGUCAAGGAUGCCUCCCAUCAAUGCCUGGCCGUAUUUAAGCCAAAGGACGAGGAACCCUAUGGCAGACUGAAUCCGAAGUGGACGAAAUGGAUGCAUAAGCUGUGCUGCCCGUGUUGUUUUGGCCGAGCUUGCUUGAUUCCCAAUCAGGGGUACCUCUCCGAAUCAGGAGCCAGCUUGGUUGAUCGAAAACUCAAUCUAAAUGUGGUUCCAAAGACGCGAGUGGUCAGAUUGGUGGCCGAGAGCUUUAACUACGCCCGCAUUGAUCGACAGAAGGCCAAGCUGAAGAAGCGCAUCAAGGAGCACUAUCCGUCGGCUCACUUCAACCGAAUGAGCCUUCCUCUAAAGACUGGCUCCUUUCAGCUCUUCGUGGAGGGCUACAAGGAUGCGGACUACUGGCUGCGACGCUUUGACAGCGAACCCUUGCCGCCUUCAGUAGCUAAGUCGUUUCAACUGCAGUUCGAGCGCCUCGUCGUCCUCGAUUAUAUCAUACGCAACACGGACCGUGGCAACGACAACUGGCUGAUUAAGUACGUGGCCCCUAAGAUCACGACCCAGGUGGGAGGCACUGGCGGCAGAACUAUGCACGGAGUUGUGACACCCAAAUUGCCCAAUGCGUUGGGGGCUUCAAAAAUCGUUGAUCUAAAUGAGCCGCCGCAGGCUAGCCCGAAACCGACGGCAGAUGGUCGCCCUUCAAACCACAUGGGGGGUGGAGCAGCCACCAAUGCACAGCAGGAUAGCAGCAGUCUGACCAGCAGCGAAGAUGAGCCCUCGUCGAGAUCCCCCCCUACGUCGGAACCCGAUUGGAAUGUGGUGAACUCGGCCUUCAUUCGGAUCGCUGCCAUCGACAAUGGCCUCGCUUUUCCCUUUAAGCAUCCGGACUCUUGGCGAGCUUAUCCCUACCAUUGGGCCUGGCUGCCACAGGCGAAAAUUCCGUUUAGCGAGGAAAUCAAGGAGCAGGUGUUGCCGCAGUUAUCAGAUAUGAAUUUUGUAGAGGAAAUCUGCACGGAGUUGUUGUACCUCUUCCAGCAGGAUCGCGGCUUUGACAAGCGUCUCUUCGAGCGCCAGAUGUCGGUGAUGCGGGGCCAGAUUCUAAAUCUCACCCAGGCACUGAGGGAUGGCAAGUCGCCGGUGCAACUGGUCCAGAUGCCAGCGGUGAUUGUCGAGCGAUCAAGCGGCAGUCGUUUCUUUUCUUUUACGCAGCGCUUCCAAAAUAAGAGCCCUUUCUUCUCUUGGUGCUAAAUGACCAUGGAGCAGCCCCAGCCGACCCCACCAAAAAUCAAAUCGAGCAGCCGGUUACUACCGACUCAUCUUUUUCAUCAUGAAUAUGCGCUUAGUUGUUGUUUAGUAUAUUUCCAAAUCGUAAACGGCUGCUAUCACGGAGCACGGAGCCUAGAAAUGUAUUUUGUUGUAUAUGUAUGUUAGUUUCUCUCGCCAAAAAACUCAAAUGUCAUAUUCUACUUGUAUAACUAAUUACUUUUAUUACUAGUUUAUGGGAUGACUUAUGGUUAUAUAUUUAGGAAAUAUCUUAUGUUUGUCAAGUGCUUAUAUAGUCAAUUGUUUUCGCAUAAAGUAUGAGGAAAUCAGAAGGAGAUCCUUUCAAAGCACUCGGCUCAAGUGGUUUACACAUUUCUUUAUUAUUUAAAUGAAAUCAUAAAGCAUAUAGGUGAAAAAUACAAAGCUCAUUUACAUUCGUUAGCACUUGAGUUAAGGACGCCCAUUGUUAUUAGGAUUAGCACAUAUUUAAUGGUUUCCUUCUCCAAACUAAAACUUAAUUUAUUUCAUUAUGUACGGUUCGCAUCUAAAUAGUGUGGGAAUAUAUAUAUAUCAACCAAAAUACAUAUGUAAAGUAUUUAAAAUUGUAUGUAAAGGGCAAGCCUUAUAUAAAAGAAAUUAAUACAUUAUUAUAACAGUUGAACAGAAA